AUGGACGUUGGCUGGCGACGGCUGCGCAACGCGCCGGCGAAAUUUACUGCACUGCGGAAGCCUUCUUGCAGUUGCAGUUGCAGGCAGGCGGCGCGGGAAGAAGAGCGGCGGCGGAAGCGCAGAACUCGCAGAGAGAGAGAAAGACAACAGAGGGGGAGCACGGCACAGUUACUCCGCCGCGCGCUUUACAGGAUCCUGGCAGUGGCAGCUCUCCCGCCCCGAGCCCCCGACCUCUUCCUGAAAGAGGCCGACCCGACGCGGUACGGGACAUGGCCGCUGCCCACCGCAUCGGCGCACUUUCUCCUGAUCCUACAACUAAAAAGAGUAAAACAUGGACAUUUUUUUGGUGCUACAUUUCUUUCGUCCUGCCUCUCGCGCCGUGGGUCCGCGUCCUCCCCUCUCCCUUUUCUCCCGCACCCGCGAUUCCCUCCCAUCUGCAGCAAUCACCUCUUCUCCCCUUUUCUAUCGCGCCGCCCAUCCGCAACAAACGCUCAUCUUGGCCGCGCCCCGAUCCCCUCCCUGGUCGCGAGCGCCGUCGCGACCGCCGCCACGAGGGUGCCGGUGGCCGUGUCCGCACAGACCCUACUCCACGCUCCUCAACCCCUUCGCGCACAUCGACUUAGCCACCAAGAUCUGGACACCGUCGACUACAUCGUUGGCCGAGGCGGCAUCCCCGAGGGGACCAAGGAGAUCUCUAAGGACAAAUAUUUUGGAUUAGCUUGGGCUGGCGGGUGCUGGGUGCUCGGGCUUCCCCAGAUGCCACAGCAACCGGGUGAGCCACAGGUGAAUGGGAUGCAUCCGCCCUCCACAGCCGGGGUCAACUGGUUCCUGCUCCCGGUGUCAGAGUGCAAGUGCGCACACGGUACGUUGCUGGAUGAGUUGCAGCCUUACGCCAGUGGAGGCCGAGAACCUUAGUAGGCCUUGUUUAGUUCCUAAAAAAUUUUGUAAAAUUUUUCAGAUUCUCCGUCACAUCGAAUCUUUAGACGCAUGUAUGGAGUAUUAAAUAUAGACGAAAAUAAAAACUAAUUGUAUAGUU